GCGACUUAGAAUUAAAAAUUCCUCCGCGCCUUAGCUUUCGCGAGCGGCUGCUGAUAGCUCUUCGUGCGCCUGUUCCAUUCCAUGAGUUGCAAUCAUGAUCCCCGAAGCAACACCGCGUGCGCCUUGUUAUUAGAAAAUUGCAUUGGUCAUCGUCCUCCUCCAAAUCUCCCAUCGAUGAGGUCGACGACGCAGCUCACACACAUAUAGCCUGCUGUCUCUUGAUCAAGCCGCCGCCAGGGUCAUUACCGGAGCAGAGGGGGAAGCUUCCAAGAUUAUUCCUUGUGCCGUGGAGCCAGGCAUGUCUCCGCGCCGCCGGCCGGUGCCGGUCACGGCGCUCUGCUCUAGCUAGCUAGCUAGCGGCGGGGAUAUAUUAUUUGACGACCAUGCCUGUCCUCCAGGAGAGCCGCGCCAGAGCCGAGGGCGGCGGCGGCGUCGACGAUUCCCACAGGCCACGGUGCUCGUGCCUGCCGUUCUGCUUCUGGGGCGCCAGGUCCGCGGGCGCGCCGGCGAGCAGGAGGCGGCGGCGGCGCAGGCUGAGGUUGAGGCUCAGGCUGCCGUGGCUCGCGUGGCCGUGGUUCUCCCGGAAGGGCGGCAAGCAGAAGGGCGCAGGCGGCGGCGGCGGCAGCGGGAACAAGGGGUGGAACGAGCGGAGGGGGGCGCGGCUGCUGCUGCUGCUCACGGCGUCGCAGCAGCCCAAGAAGGCGCUCGCGUCCGUCGUCGUCUCCGGAGGCGGCGGCGCCCUCCUGCCGGCCAAGGUGAGCACUUUCGGCGACGCCAAGAACAAGAAGCAAAGCAACCGCAAGCCACGGCCAGCGGCGGACGACGGGCCAAGCGGCAUCAGGCAGCCGCAAGCGUCGGCGACAGCUGCGGCCGCGAGCACCAGAUGGACGAGCACGGCGCCCGCCCGUUCCCUGACGGAGACGAGCCAGCCGAGCCCGAGAACACCAGACGGGCCAGCCGUCGCCGCCGGCCGCACCUGGCGAGCCCCGUCGAGGCGGCACUCGUUCCGUCAUCGGUUCGACAGCACCGGGCGCCCGGGCGGGCUGUGGACGGCGGCGACGACGCUGGGCGUGAUCGUGCUCUUCGGCCGCGUCACCGCGGUGGUCUUCCUGUGCUCCUGCCUGUACGGUGCGCGCUUCGUCCGGGCGAGGGCCGCCGCCGGCGCCAUGGCCAAGGCCAAGAGCAGCGGUGUCGCUGGCGGUAGCCGGCGGUUCGGCGACCCGGUGGGGGUGGCCACCGAGAAAGCCGUGGCGGUGGAGCCGCGCGCCGCGGAGGAGUGCAAGAAGAAGGUGGUCAUGGCGGGGUUGCUCGACAGGCCAGGCAAGACGCCCUCGUCGCGCUUUGGUAGGUGAUCAUCAGAAGCUGACGUUGUAAAUGAUGCCUUAGCUAGUACGACGGUGGUGAUCCAGUUUUGCUCUUGUUUUCUUCUUUGGUGAGAUUGGCAUGGAGUAGAGGCCUCAGGUCUGUAUACGAUUGGACUGGUUUUUGGUUGUGAUCAGUGAUUGGCAAUUUGGCAUGGCAUUCUAUGAGCCAAAAGAAAAAAGAAGAUAAAUAUGAGUUCUGGAACAGUAGUGGCUCCAGCCUUGAAUGUGA